CUCGGAGUUAGUAGCAUGGCCUUGAGUUGAAAUAUCUAUAUAACCAUCCCCCUUCCUCGCUGUUGUAAGUGAGUCUCUGCUCUAGACAGAAACAACAUCUUCCUCAUAGCAUAAAGCAACCACUGCAAUCAUUCAGUUCUCUCAGCUUCUCAGCUCAUUCCUCUUUGUGACUUCCAACCUCACAACUCUCAACAACUCUUCCCUCCACCAAGACAACACCACCACCACCACCACAAACUUCACAAUGGCUGCCAAGCUCUCCGCCGAUCUCCUCUUCCAGAUGGCCAAGGUCCGCCGCUCCAUCUACACCCUCAACAAGGACCUCCCCAUCUCCACGUCCCGCAUCCACGAGAUCGUCAAGGACGCCACCCUCCACACGCCCUCGUCCUUCAACUCCCAGACCAACCGCGCCGUCGUGCUCUUUGGCGGCGAGCACGAGAAGCUGUGGGACAUUACCUCUGACACCCUCAAGGCCAUUGUCCCCGCCGAAAACUUCAAGGCCACCGCCGACAAGCUCUCGCUCUUCAAGGGCGCCGCCGGCACCGUGCUCUUCUUCGAGGACACCUCGGCCACAAAGGCCCUGCAGGACAAGUUCGCCCUCUACGCCGACCGCUUCCCCACCUGGGCCGUCCACUCCCUGGGCAUGGAGCAGCUGCUCGUCUGGACCGCGCUGGAGCUCGAGGGCCUGGGCGCCAACCUGCAGCACUACAACCCUCUGAUUGACGAGAAGGUUGCCGAGGCCUGGAAGAUCCCCUCCACCUGGAGACUGGAUGCCCAGCUUGUCUUUGGUGGCAAGUCUGGCGAGGCUGGCCCCAAGGAGUUCCAGAACAUUGACGACCGUGUCAAGGUCUAUGGUGCUUAAGCGGGAAUAUAGAAGAGAGGAAGGGGAAGUAGGGGUGUUUAAUGAAGUUUUUGGAAACGAAAAGGGAUGGAUAGCAAUGCAUAAGCUGGAGUUUUUCUUUUCUUUUCUCUUUUGAUUGAGCUUAUCUUUGGGCUUAUAUAGUCAGUCAUAUAGAUAUAGAC